UCUGCUCUAUAAAAGUGAUUGCAAAGCCACAGGGGUAAAGUCACUCAACGGUGCACAUUUCACAGGAGUAAAUAUGGACCUGCUCAUCCACAUGAGGGGUGGAGGGUUUCUGCUUCUGACAACAGUAACCCUCUCCUUCCUGGCAGUCAUAAGCUUUGCCCUUCCCUCCCCCCCGACCGCAUCCCCUCUAUUUCAUGGAUAUCCCUUUGUGGUCAUAUGGAACAUGCCCACUCCAGUCUGCAAGAUCCACAACAUCACACUAGACACCUCACCUUUCCAGGCUGUGACCACUCCUGCCAGUGUGCCAGACCAGUUCCUCGUUCUGUUCUACAGAGGUCGCCUGGGGCUGUACCCAUAUGUGGACACGAGCACUGGGCAGCAGUUCAAUGGAGGCAUCCCUCAAAAAGGCAACCUCACCGAGAGUCUGAACAUCGCCUUUACAAACAUUGAAUAUUAUAUUCCAUCAGAAACAUCCCCUGGCCUGGCUGUCAUUGACUGGGAGGGCUGGCGUCCUUUAUGGCACAGAAACUGGGAUUCUAAAGAAAUCUACCAGAAGUUAUCUAUUGCCUACACCCGUGAGCUUGAUGCCAACCUGACUGCAGAGCAGGCUGUCAUUGUGGCGAAGGAGCAGUUUGAGAAAGCUGCCAGGGACUACAUGGAAGACACACUGGAGCUGGGGAUCACAGAGAGGCCCCAGUACCUCUGGGGUUUCUACCUCUUUCCUGACUGUUACAACUAUGACUGGGAUACACCAGGGUACACAGGGGAGUGCUCAGCCGCUGUCAAGAGUCAGAACGAUGAGCUUCUGUGGUUGUGGGAGACCAGCACAGCCCUCUACCCCUCUGUGUACCUUGAUUCCCGCUUGAGCAACAAUCACAGUGCCGCGCUUUUCGUCCGCAACCAAGUGCAGGAGGCAGUGAGGGUAGCUGCCCUGCCCCAACACCCCUUCACUGCCCCCAUCUACGUGUACAGCCGCCCCGUCUUUUCAGACCUCAACAAGGAGUUCCUGAGCAAUGAGGACUUGGUCAGCACCAUCGGCGAGAGCGCAGCCUUGGGGGCCUCGGGAUCGGUGCUUUGGGGAGCCAGCGCUGACUUUCGUGACCAGGAAUCUUGCCAGGCGCUGUCUGCUUACCUCACGUCCACGUUGAACCCGUACAUCGCCAACGUAACGGCAGCCGCCAAGCUGUGCAGCACCUCGCUGUGCCAGGGCAAUGGGCGCUGCGUCAGGAAGGACUACGACUCCGACAGCUACCUGCACCUGAACCCCAACAGCUUCACCAUCCACGAGUCCAAUGGGAAGUACCAGGCGGUGGGGGUGCCCUCCCUCUCUGACCUCACCGCUUUCGCCGACAGCUUCACCUGCCAGUGCUAUGCUGGAAAGAGCUGCUCGCCCAGGCUGCCCACGCAGCUUCCUAUGACACCCGUCUCCAUUCCCGUGUAGCCCUGCGCGUCUGUCCAGCUUCCGUCCGCCUCGUCUCGACCCG